UUUGUGUUUUUCACUUUCUCUGAGUGACGAAAAUACGUGAAAAACGAAGAAGAAAACAAAGAAAAGUCCUUGUUCGAACAUCGAUUAACUGCUAAAAAGUGUGCAAAAGCCAAUCAUCAUGGAGGGAUAUGAAAGUGUCGUCCUCAUCAAACAAGAAGUCUUUGUUUAUAAAAUCCCUCCACGUACCACAAAUCGUGGAUAUAGAGCUGCUGACUGGAAUUUGAAUGAACCUGCUUGGAGUGGUCGACUUCGGAUGGUUUCCAAAGGCGCAUCGCUCGAAGUUAAGUUGGAAGACAAAACCACGGGACAACUUUACGCCAAAUGCCCAAUCGAAGCAUAUCCGGGUGUCGCAAUCGAAUCUGUCUCGGAUUCGUCGCGAUAUUUCGUGCUCCGGAUUCAAGACGACAACGGAAGAUCAGCAUUUAUCGGGAUUGGGUUCGGAGAUCGCAGCGAUUCGUUCGACAUGAAUGUCGCGUUGCAAGAUCACUUCAAAUGGGUGAAGAACCAAGAGCAAAUCGAGAAGGAAAAAACCGAGGGACCCAAAGAACAGUUGGAUUUAGGUUUCAAGGAGGGCGAAACAAUCAAAAUCAACAUGAAAAUUCGACGAGAAGGACAAGAAGGAAGUGCGCGAACGGGAAAAGCUCGUGCGGGAGGCACAGGAUUGUUGCCGCCGCCUCCGAGCGCGCCAAAACAAUCGCCCGGAAGUACGGGAACAUCGCCAGCUCACAAACCAACGGGAUUGACAACAGAUUGGGGCGAAUACACGUCGUCGUCGUCAUCGACAACAGAUGCGGCAAAUACAUCGACAACCCCGACAAACUCCAAUUGGGUACAAUUCUAAAAUGUAAGAACACAAAAACCCCGUCUGUGUAUCGCAAUCAAACGAAAUAUCCAAAAUAAGUUAGUUAGUUGACUUCAAAACCUGAUAUUCUCCCCAAAAAAGAUGAAUAUUUACACAAAAA